UCCUCCGAUCAUUUGUUUUCUUUUCUAUUCUUUUUUCGUAAAAAGCGUUCAAGAUUCUAGAACCGAGAAUCCGAAAGAAUAUUCCAUCAUUUCCCUCUUUAAUAUGGGCGAGCGGCAGGAGGUCGAGACGGCGGAGCGGCUGACGGAGAUAUUGGCGAUGAAGGCCGAGCCGAUCUGCGACAUGUUGGUCCUUGAGCCCUGCCCCAAGGGGGAGCUGGCAGUCGACCCCUUCGUGCCGCCGCUCAACUUCGCCAUGGUCGACCACGGCAUCUACCGCUCUGGCUUCCCGAGCCCAGACAACUUCCGGUUCUUGAAGACGCUCAAGCUUCGCUCCAUCUUGUGCCUUUGUCAGGACCCCUACCCGGACAUAAACAUAAAGUUCCUUCAAGAGAACAGGAUUACUCUCGUUAAGAUUGGGAUCGAUGGGUCUAAGGAAGCCACUAUUCCAGAAAAUAAGAUUCGGGAGGCCCUUAAAGUUGUUCUUGAUGUCCGCAAUCACCCACUCCUUAUUCAUUGCAAACGUGGCAAGCAUCGAACAGGAUGCGUUGUGGGAUGCGUAAGGAAACUGCAACGCUGGUGCAUUGCCUCAGCUAUCGAUGAAUACAAUUGUUACGCUGCUGCGAAAGCGAGAGUUUCUGAUCAAAAGUUCAUCGCAGAAUUUGAUGAAACAAGCAUGGACCAGUUCCAGUUGCACGCCAAGAAGACCAGCUUUUCUACUCCCGAUGAGGCCCUGCAUCAUCCUGAAAUUAACAGGGAGCAAUAGCCCUUUCAUGAUAGUAAAGACUUGGAGGAUUCUUUUUCCCUGACAGGAUAAUUUUUGGCUGAGAUAUAGAUUCAGUUGUGACCCCAAUCGUAUGUUCUUUUUUUCCGGUUCUAACAAAAACCCUCGUGUUCGAUU